CCUGCCACAGGAAAACUCGUGCACACCCUUCAAUUUUAACACACCAUUCCCAGAAGCCACAUUUGAAUAAUCACCAAUAGGUGUGCUGACUUGCCAGCACAGACUCACCACUACUAGAUAAACCUUUCUUGGUUACGUCAAGGCUUGCUAAUAUCUUCGGUCGAUUUUCCUGGCCGUCUGUCAAUUCCCGGGUCUUCGGAAUAUAUACCUAAUUCAUAUCCAGCCCUGCGUGAUAUUCUUGGCUGACUGAUUCCUCAGCCCAAAAUCACCCCCGUGAAAAUCAUAUUGUGAAAUUUGGAUUGCAAUAUAUUGGAUUCAACUAUGCAACCGUUUCAUCCAUUUGUUCAAUAUCCAUUUGACCAACAGCCCGAACAAACAACGACAUCCCGAUACAUGGUUUCAAUGUUUAAUCCGGUUGAGCUACUUAGGCAGCCUGUUACUUUCCCGUUUAGCGGACGAACAGCCAAAAAUAGGUUCUUGAAGAGCGCAAUGUCAGAACGCUUGGCCACUUUCUCGAAUUUUGAUCCCUGUGGUCGGGGACAACCAACGGAGGAACUUGUACGACUGUACGAAACCUGGGCAAAGGGGGAUAUCGGAAUCAUUGUCACUGGUAACAUACAAAUAAAAAAAGAUCAUCUCGAAGCUACAGGGAAUACUAUCAUCGACAAAGACCUCCCCUCGGUUUAUCUCCGGGAGUGGACGGAGGUGGCGCGAGCUGCCAAGUCACAAGGGAGCUUGGUCAUCGGACAACUUAGCCAUCCAGGGCGUCAGGUUUCCAUUAACAUACAGCCAUAUCCAGAGGCACCAUCUGACGUCGAGCAACCCUCGAUUGGAGGCGUUCUCUUCGGGCAACCUAUGCCUCUAACAAAAGAUGGCAUCAAGGACAUUGUAAAUCGCUUUGCAUAUGCAGCCUUCGUCCUGCACAGGGCUGGGUUUGAUGGCGUCCAGCUCCACGUCGCUCACGGUUACCUUCUGUCACAAUUUUUAACCACGACGACAAAUAUGCGAACCGAUGAAUAUGGUGGAUCGCUCGUAAAUAGAGCUCAGAUUAUUCUCGAGACAAUCGCUGCAAUCAGACAAGCAGUCCAGAGCCCAUCUUUCAUCAUCUCGGUCAAGCUCAACGCACAGGAUUCAGCCCCUCAAGGUUUAUGUAUCGAGGAAUCGAUCAUGGUUGCCAAACUGCUCGAAAUCGCAGGAGUGGACUUCAUUGAAGUCAGUGGGGGCGCGUACGAACAAAAUAUCCGCAGCUCUCGGGACAAGCCGUAUACUGUUGAAACCCGAGAAGGCUAUUUCGUUGAAUAUGCAGAGAUUCUCAGAUCCAAUCUAGACCUCUCAAAAGUAGUCGCCACGGGUGGGUUUCAGACGUCGCAGGGCAUGGCCGAUGCUGUCUUGCGAGGAGCCGCGGAUAUUAUAGGAUUAGCGAGGCCAUUAACCGCAGAACCACUUUUAGUCAGAGACAUCCUACGAGGGGAGAAGAACAGAGCCAAGGGAGACAAAUUUCCUGAAAGCCCAAUGCUGCGAUUCGUAGCAUCUGCGGCGCAGAUUGCGGAGAUUGGAAAUGGUCAAGAUAUCACUGACUUUGACAAUGCGUUCCACGUUGCUAGAUUCAUCGCCAAAAUGCAGAAGGAAAUUCCUGCUGCCAUAUCGGAAGCACUUUUCUCGUGACUGUCAUGAACUUCGGUCUCGGGUUGAUACCGCCUCAAUUACCAACUGUUUCAUUAUUUAACGUUUAACUUCUGAUCUAAAAGCGCCAGCUGAAAUAAUUGAAUACGUAGUCGCUCUGCUGUUGUACACAUUGGUUUUGUCCGU